AUGUCCUCGUCAAACAACUCCAACGCCUGGCUCAAGGCCAAGAAAAAGACUGAGCUCACCGAGAUUGCCGACAAGAUUGGCCUCAAGAGCUACAAGGACCUCAAGAAGAGCGACCUCGAAGCUGCUCUCGAUGACUUUAUUGCUCAGCACUCCUCUCGCUUCUCUUCCAACUCCGACCUCGCCGGCUACUUCGCCAGCCGCUCCAGGACUCUCACCUCCCCCAUUAAGAAGGAGAAGGAGACCAUAAAGGAGGAGGCUGAAAAGGGCCUCAAGGUUGUUAAGCGCAGAGUCACCAAGGCCGCCGAAGAGAUUGCUGCCGAGGCCAACUCUAGCGCCGUCCUGCGCACGCCCGCUCGUAGCCUUUCCCAGGUUGCCUCUCGCGUCCCCCUUCCUGCUUCCCCCGCGGACAUUGCCUUUGCCGUCGACCGCUCCACCGUCGCCCUGCGCAAGCGCGCUGCCUCCAUCUACCAGGAGAGCGGCAUCACCGAGGCUUCCAAUGCCACCCGCGAGACUCUGAGCACCGUCACUAGCGUUCUCUUCUCCGUCGCUGCUUUCGAGCUCUACUACAUUCGCCCCGCCAUUCUCGCCAACCGCUUUGCCUUUACCAUUCCCGCCAUUUCGGCCAUCGGCACCGAUGACUUCAACGUCUACCUCCCGGACAUGUUCCUGCUCUUGACCUCGAGCUUCUGGUCCCCCGCCCUGACCUGGGUUUUUACCAGCAUUCUCAUCCCCAGCAUCUUUGGCUACUUCUUCAACAUCUCGGCCAACAGCCACUCCGGUCCCCGCACCCGCGCCCGCGCUCUUAACGAGACCGUUGUCGACCCCCUCACCUUUAGCAUCGUCAAGGCGCUGCUGGCCUAUGUCGUCUACGCCCAGGGCGUCACCUUCGGUGGCCUUCUCUCCGAGUUCUCCGUCGCUCGUCUCAACAACGCCGUCUACGGUGGCUACCAGGGCAUCCUGGUCGGUACCGCCAUUACCGGCCUCGUUGCCAUUUACGACGCUGCUCUCAAGAGAUAA